AUGACACUCCAUCCAACGACAUACUCGACGCCAAUCGGCGGCCGUCAAGCUCCUUACGAGCCUCUCGGCCCUCCACCAAGAUCUACUGUAAUCUUACUCGGCGGCAGGCCGCUUACGCUCCGAACGGAACAGACCCUACCGUUCUUGUUAGCUAUCAAGAUCACACCGGUGAAAGUGUCCACGGAGCUCUCCCAACAACCCGCCAUUCUUCCACCUCUAGGGCCAGUAACCCAAUUUACAGACUUGCUACUCCGCCUGGAUAAUUACAAACAUCUCAAUACCAUCCGCUUUGUCUUGGAUUCAGCGUUGAUCGAAGGGGUGCUUCCUGUAUUGAUCUACAUGCGACGACUACGGUCACAUGAUAAGUGCGACACCUGUCCGAAGUAUCGACGAGGACGAAUCCUGCUCGAGCGGUUCCUCCUCGAAAACGACUUGGCCGUCUACCUGUUUGACGCGGGAAGAGAUGAAUACCGCAUUGCUGAACGCGAUAUUUCGCAAUUCAGACCUGGCUAUUUCGAUACUCUUCACGUAGGCUCCCACAGAGAAGCGCCAGAGGUCCAACUCUCUAGUCCGCUGCCCCAACCCCUUUGUUGCCAUUCCUGUUCGUCGACGUUCCUGGCACGGUCAAGCGCUGAGCGGAUCCCAUAG